AUGAGCUACUACAACCCUUAUCGUCCCACAGAGUACUCCGACAAUGAUAGGGACGACCAGAAUUUGUUGAAUCCCAAUGGAGACAAUUUUCGAAACCCAUUUGGAAGCAACAACUCUAGCACUUCUGCUCUCCGCGACCACAGUGGAACCCACGGUUCUGGUUCUAAUUCUAGUACUAACAUUCUUCAAGAACCACCCCCCUAUGGCAGAUCUUCCUCAUACGACCAGAGAACUCCUCCGCUGGAGCAACCAAUAUUCAACACCUCUCAUCUUCAACCACCAGGCUUUUCACCCAUCCCAAGCAAUACUGAUUUUGAAGAAGAAAGAUACGAGAUGAAUCCAUACCCACCACAGAACAAACCAAAUCGAAGUGGAUUGACGAUUUUUCGUCCUGGAUUCCUUCCAAAGAGAGGAAAUGAAGAAACUCCAUACGACCAGAACAUCCGAUUCGAGUUCAAAGGAGAUUCGUACAACCUUUCGACCUUCCAGGUGCGUGAAUCUCCUGAGCCCCAACCACUUCAAUCUUCUCCUUAUGUACCUUCAUUUGUGGUAGAAGGACAGGAUGAAGAAACACUUCGAUAUCAGAGGGGGGCCUCCCCAAGUGCACCAAAGGCAUCCAAAGGGCAAUUUAGUGAAAAUGAAAGAGUCAAAAAGCCUCAGCCAAAAGCCGGUUUCACCACUGGUAUCAAUGGUAAGUUGGUCUUGGAUUGUCCGGUUGCAACCAAUUUGUUAAGCACCUAUCCCGAUUAUAAAGCUGGAGCAGAACGUGGAGGACUUUCGAACGAGUUUUACUUCAUGAGAUAUACUGCAGUGACAUGUGGGCCAUCCAAUUUCUAUCGUGAAGGUUACUUGUUAAGAACAAUACACUAUGCUAUUCCCAGGAAAACGGAAAUCAUGGUGGUGAUUACCAUGUACAACGAGAACGAUGUCCUUUUAGGAAGGACUUUGAAGGGAGUAUUGGACAAUAUUAAAUACAUGGAAUCCAAGAAGAGAUCCUCGAUGUGGGGAGAGGGUUCCUGGAAGAAGAUUAUUGUUUGUAUUAUCAGUGAUGGUAGAACGAAGAUCAACGACAGGGCCCAAGCUUUACUUGCUGGCUUGGGGGUAUACCAAGAAGGGUUGGCAUCUGGGGCUGUCAAUGACAAACCCGUGCAAGCCCACAUGUAUGAAUACACUUCAAGAAUAGGGAUCAAGAGAGUAACUGAUACUGUUGAAUUGACCCUGAAAAAAGUUGUUCCUACCCAGUUCUUGUUCUGCUUGAAGGAGAAGAACGCUAAGAAAAUUAAUUCUCACAGGUGGUGUUUUCAAGCAAUUGGUCAAGUUCUUGAUCCCAAAGUCGUAGUAUUGUUAGACGCUGGUACUCAGCCUACGGAGAAAUCCCUUUACCGUAUCUGGAAGGAGUUUGAUAUGGACCCAAGGGUUGCUGGAUGUUGUGGAGAGAUCAAGGCAUUAUUGCGGACGAGACAGAUGUUCACUAAUCCUAUGGUUUAUGCUCAGAACUUCGAAUAUAAAAUGUCAAACAUCUUGGACAAGCCGAUGGAAUCUGCUUUUGGUUUUAUUUCGGUGCUUCCAGGUGCCUUUUCCGCUUAUCGUUACAUUGCUCUUCAAAAUGAUAUCAAUGGUAAUGGACCUCUCGAAAAAUACUUCAAGGGCGAAUUCUUACAUGCCAGCGAAGAGCUCGAUAAGAACGACGAUGAGUACCAGCUUAAGAAAGAAUUGAGACUGAAAGAAGCCAAUGUUUUCACCUCAAACAUGUAUUUGGCCGAAGACAGAAUCUUGUGUUACGAAUUAGUGGCCAAAAAAGAUUGUGGAUGGCUCUUGAGAUAUUGUAAAGGUGCUAGUGCCGCUACAGAUGUACCCGAAUCGCUUGCAGAAUUUAUCUUGCAAAGAAGAAGAUGGUUGAAUGGGUCUUUUUUCGCAGCCAUUUAUUCUCUUGUUCAUUUUCCCAAAGUUUGGGGUUCAUCUCAUUCAAUUUCUAGAAAGAUAAUGCUCCAUAUUGAAUUUUUGUAUCAAUUUGUUAAUCUCGUGUUAUCAUGGUUUGCUAUUGGGUCAUACUUCUUGGUAUUCAGAAUCUUGUCCACCUCCUUGGCCAAUCCUGACUUGGGUUUCAAGCCAGGAAAAGUAUUUUCGUUCAUUUUCCUCUGGCUCUACCUAGCAUCAUUGGUUACUACUUUUGUUCUUAGUUUUGGUAAUAAGCCCAAAGGGACGGAGAAGUUCUAUAUUGUAAUUGUCUACUUCUUUGCAAUCUUAAUGGGGUACAUGAUAUUCGCAGCCAUAUAUUUGGCUGCACACUCUAUUCAUCAGAUAACGAAAGAUGGUACCAAGAUCACUAUAGCUCUUUUCUUCAAGAAUGCCCAAUUUAGAGACUUGGUCAUUGCAACAUCAUCGACCUAUUUGCUCUAUUUCGUAGCCUCGUUCAUAUAUUUUCAACCGGCUCACAUGUUCACUUCAUUUAUCCAGUAUCUUUUGCUUUCCCCCUCGUACAUCAAUAUUCUCAACAUCUACGCUUUCUGCAAUAUCGAUGAUAUCUCAUGGGGAACUAAGGGAGAUACUGGAGGAGUAAAGUUGGCCCUGGCUGAGAAAGGCGAAGACGGUGUUUUCCGGUUCCAAUUCAAUGUUUCUGUGGAACCUCUGGAAAUCAACGACUCAUACAAUAAGCAGGUGGCCAAGAUCAACCAGCCAGAAGACAAACCCGAUAGCGGUGAUACCAAAAAGACCUCCUCCGAGGAUUACUACGCAUUUGUUAGGUCGAUGACAGUUCUUGUCUGGAUGUUUACUAAUUCCAUCAUUGUGACAGCAGUGUUGAAUACUGGAGGCUUUGACUACUUUGGAAAAGACAGUUCUUCUAGAGUCGAUACAGAGAACAGAUCAACAAUAUUCUUGACGGUAAUCUUGUGGAUGGUGGCUAUCAUGGCACUCUUCCGAUUCACUGGUUGCAUUGCAUAUUUGGUUACAAGAAUCAAGAGUAAGGUCAAAUCACCAAAGAAAGUACCAUUGACAAAGAAAUAG